AUGGGGAUCCUCAGGAGAGUUCAGAGCAGUUACUACUCCGCGUUUAAGGACGUGUGUCUCAAAGUCAAUGAGGCUGUGCUGGAAGCAGAAGACAUAGAUCUGUAUCUGCGCCCUCUAAGGAGGCAGAUUAGCAGCUUAGAAGAGAGGAAUUUCCCUAAAGUGGAUACUUUGCUGCCCCCGCUGUUUCACACUCUUUGCCUCAUCUGGAGUCAUUCCCAGUACUAUUGCACUGCACAGCGCAUGGUGGUCCUCCUUCAAGAGUUCUGCAACCUAAUUAUUGAAAAGGCCGUUGCGUACCUUAUCCCUGAGGAACUGUUUAAGAUGGAGCUGGAGGAGGGGAUGGAGAGAGUGCAAAUAAGCAUCUCAGUGCUGCGCAGCUUCAAGCAGUUAUUUCACACUCACCGUCAGCGGAUACCUACCUACUACAAACACAGCCAGAACAUCAAGUUAUGGGACUUUCCAGGAACGCUUGUGUUCAAGCGUUCAGAUUGUAUCAUGGAAAGACUUCUCAUGAUUGAGGAACUUUUUGCAACAGCGCUGGACUUUCUGAAGCUGGAGAAGGUUGAACUAGGUGGAUCCAGAGGGAAAAUCCUUAAUGAGAUGGUCUUCAGCAUGAGCGAGGAGUUUCACGAGCACUGGCGGACCCUGAGAGAGAGCAAAUAUGACCCCUUGGAUUAUACUAAUGAUGAUUUUGUGCAUUAUUUCAGGCGUUUCAUGGAGCAGACCACAGCUUUUGACGAGAGGCUCGGAACUCUUCUUAAUUUGGCCUUUCACAGCUCCAAAACCCUGAAGUCAGCUUGUAAGUUAUUGAAGAUUUUUGGCACCCUUCUUGAGAGGCAGAGAAUCCACCAGCUGUUCUCUCCAAACUACAACGCGUUGUUGGCUAUGUUCAACCAGGAUCUGGACCACUGUCAGUCUUUACUGGAUCAGCACAACGAAGGGCUGCAGUCAGGCUGUGCGGUUCUGGGAAAAAACCUGCCUCCAGUAUCUGGCAACCUGAAAUGCUCACAGGAGCUUCGGACUCGCAUCCUCACCAACAGGAGCGACCUCUGCCAGCUGAGCCACAUGCCUCUGGGAUGCACCGAGGCAGAUGACGCGAUCCAGAAGUGUGAACAGCUUCUAGGGAUUUUGGACCAACAUGAUGAGGAGCUGUUUACGGAGUGGACAGAUGGGCUGGAGGAAAUCUGUCAAACGCACAUCAAAGAACCACUGUUGACACUGGACACUGACGCAGGCCUCUUCUUAGUCAACUUCAGUCCCGCUCUGACAGCAGUUCUAAGGGAAGUGAAAUACCUCAGCAUGCUGAAGAACCAAAACAUCCCUAAAGCAGCUCUCCAACUCUAUUCAAAACAGGAGAAGCUGUACAUGUAUACACAGACACUGACGCUGGUGACCCAGUGGUACAACCAUCUCCAGACUACCAUCCUGUCAGUAGAGUUAGGACUGGUGAACGAUGAGAUGGAUGAGAUGAGGCAGCAUCUCCAUCUAGCUCUUCAGGAGUUAACCUGGGAUCAGGAUGACCUUUGGGACUAUAUUCAAAGUACCAGAGAAUUGGUUAAGGGCAUCUCAAGUCGAAUCCAGAACAGUAAAGAUAAUGUGGACGCCAUCCAGGCCCUCAUGGAUAAAUUCAGCAACCAGGCUUUCAUCACCAGGAAGAGUCAUGAUUCUACUCUCCUCGUAUUCGCUGACAUUGAAGAGAGCGUUUCUAAACAACACGCUCUCAUCAGCAGUAUAGGGGAGCACAUACACAAAUUGCUGCAGGAGAACCAGUCUUUGCUCACUGUGACAGAUCUAGACAGCAGCGAGUGGCACGCCUACACAGAGUACGUGGACAGGACGAUUCUAGCGGGCUUCUGCAGCGCAGUGCGCUGUUCUUUGCAGUACCUCGUGGACAACACAGCUCUUCACACAAAACCACUGUUUGAAAUCCAACUGGUACUCAACGGCAACAAGAUGACCUUUGACCCUUCCCUGGAUUUAAGCUACGGCGGUAACUUCUACGAGAUUGUGGAUGAAGCGGUGGCCAACAUCACAAAGAUGGCAUCCUUCAUUCCCAGAGUGGCAACCCACCUACAGAAGGAAGACUAUCAGAGUGACAUAAAUGAAAUGAAGGACUUGUCAGAGAUGUGCCACAUCAUCCGCUCACGGGCUCGGGCAGGAGUAGCCAGAGUCAAGGAGUACCAGGCAUCAUUUUCCAGCUAUCAUUUUCUCUGGACUGAUGACAGGUCAGAAUUCAUGAGGCAGUUCCUGCUUUACGGCCGUGUCUUAAGUACGGAGGAAGCCGAGCUGUACGCCGACUACGAGCUGAAAAAGAACCCGCCCACCUUAGAGAACUUUAAAGAUCAAAUCAAUCUGUUCGAGUCCUUGCAUGUGCGAGUGAGCAAGAUGGAGGACAAGAAGGUGUUUUGUGGCUGGCUGCAACUCGACAUCAGACCCUUUAAGCACACGCUGAUGAAUCUCAUCAAGAGGUGGAGCUGGAUGUUCAAAGAACACCUCCUCAAUCACGUAAAUCAGAGUGUGAGGGAACUGUCCUGUUUUAUUCAGGACACGGGCAACGGUCUUUCAGCCGAGGUCUCCGAUGGCGACUACGAGGGACUCGUUAACCUAAUGGGACACUUCAGGGCCAUCCGAGACAGACAGAUAAGUAAUGACCAGCACUUCAAACCACUCAAGUCAACUGCUGAACUCCUCAAGACCUAUGGACAGCAACUUCCAGAGAGCGUCUACACACACCUAGAAGAGCUGCCUGAAAAGUGGAAAAGUCUUCAAAAAACUGCCUUCACAGUGAAGCAUGAAGUGGCACCACUGCAGUCAAAUGAGGUGUCAGUUAUACGCAGGAAAUGUGUCCGGUUUGAGGUGAAGCAGUAUGAAUUUAGAGAACAGUUCCGCACUGAAUCAAUCUUUAAGAUCAACGUGGAGGAGCCAUAUAAGCUCAUUGAUAAGUGUAAUCGAUCCAUUUCAGUGAUGGAGAUGGAAAUGAAGAAACUGCAGGACACGGCUGAUCUGUUUGAGGUCAGCUUCCCAGAGUACAAGCAGCUGAAUCAUUGUCGCUCAGACAUUGUACUUGUCAAAGCUGUUUGGGACAUGGUCAUCUUUGUUCAGACCAGUAUCAAGGAUUGGACCAAGACUCCUUGGAAAGAAAUCAACGUAGAGCAGAUGGAUAUGGAGCUCCGGCGCUUUGCUAAAGAGAUGAAGGUGUUAGAUAAGGAAGUGCGGGUCUGGGACGUCUAUAUGGGUCUGGAAUCAAUUGUAAAAAACCUGUUAACCUCUCUGAGAGCUGUCAACGAGCUGCAAAACUCUGCUAUCAGAGAGAGACACUGGCAGCAGCUUAUGAACACCACUGGGGUCAGGUUUGUGAUGGGAGAGGGCACCACCCUGGGGGAUCUGCUGGAAUUACAGCUUCAUCGUGUGGAAGAUGAGGUCAAAAACAUAGUGGACAAGGCUGUGAAAGAAAUGGCCAUUGAGAAGGUUUUAGCAGAGAUAACCCAGACGUGGAGUGUUAUGUCGCUGUCAUAUGAGACUCACAUCAGCACAGGAACCCCUUUCCUCAAAGCAGAUGAAAAUCUAAUUGAGACACUGGAAGACAACCAGGUGCAGCUGCAGAACAUCCUGAUGAGUAAGUACGUGGAGUAUUUCCAGGCAGAAGUAAGCGGAUGGCAGAGGAAGCUGAUGGUGGCUGACCUGGUCAUCUCCUCCUGGAUGUCUGUCCAGAGGACGUGGGCGCACCUGAACAGCAUCUUCACCAACAGCCAUGACAUCCGCUGCCAGCUGGCUCAUGUAGCCGAGCGCUUUCAGGGAAUACAAACUGACUUUCAGAGUUUGAUGACUGAAGUGGUGAAGAACAGUAAUGUUGUAGAUGUAACCAAUCAGCCUGGCUUUCUGGAGAGCCUGGAAACCUUACAACAGAGGCUGUCUGUGUGUGAAAAGGCCCUAGCGGAGUACCUGGAGACCAAGAGACUCACAUUCCCCAGAUUUUAUUUUGUCUCUGCCUCAGAUCUGCUGGAAAUUGUCUCCAAAGGAACACAACCCAAACAGGUGACCAGACACUUGCUGAAGCUGUUUGACAACAUUGCAGAUCUCCGCUUCCAGGACUCCGAGGAAGGUGGAGGAGAGGAGGACCGGGUGGCCGUAGCUAUAGGGAUGUACAGUCGAGAAGGAGAAUAUGUUUCUUUCUCACAACCAUGUGCUUGUGAAGGACAGGCCGAAUGUUGGUUGAGUGCCUUAGAGAUCACCAUGCGCUGCUCGGUCCAAAAGGAGAUACAGGAGGCUGUAGCUGCAUAUGAGGACAAACCCCGAGACCAGUGGCUCUUUGACUACCCUGCACAGGUGGGGUUAACUGGUAGUCAGGUGUGGUGGGCCACUGAUGUGGGCAUUGCCUUUGAGAGGCUGGAAGAAGGAUUUGAGACUGCUCUUAAAGACUACAAUAAAAAACAGAUAUCACAGCUCAACUCGCUGAUUCACAUGCUGCUUGGAGACUUAACUCAUGGAGACAGACAGAAAAUUAUGACUAUCUGCACUAUUGAUGUCCAUGCACGAGAUGUGGUGGCUAAUCUCAUUACUCAAAAGGUGACGACUGAGCAGUCGUUUGCUUGGCUGUCCCAGUUACGGCAUCGCUGGGAUGAAGAGACAAGACAUUGUUACGUGAACAUCUGUGAUGCCCAGUUCCAGUUCAGUUAUGAAUACCUGGGGAACACUAACAGGCUGGUCAUCACGCCCCUCACUGACAGGUGUUACAUAACCCUGACCCAGUCCCUCCACCUGACGAUGAGUGGAGCCCCAGCAGGACCUGCCGGCACUGGUAAAACAGAGACGACUAAAGACCUCGGACGUUCCCUCGGCAUCAUGGUAUAUGUGUUCAACUGCUCAGAACAGAUGGACUACAAGUCUAUAGGUAACAUCUAUAAGGGGCUGGCUCAGACGGGCGUGUGGGGCUGCUUUGAUGAAUUCAACAGGAUCUCAGUGGAUGUUCUGUCUGUGGUAGCUGUGCAGGUCAAGACUAUACAAGAUGCUGUACGCAACAAAAAGCAGAGGUUUUAUUUUCUGGGAGAAGAAAUAGAGCUGAAGCCAACGGUGGGCAUCUUCAUCACUCUGAACCCAGGCUAUGCUGGUCGGGCUGAGCUUCCAGAGAACCUCAAAGCUCUCUUCAGGCCUUGUGCGAUGGUGAUCCCGGACUUUGCACUGAUCUGUGAGAUCAUGUUGGUGGCUGAAGGGUUCAUCAAUGCACGUCUGCUGGCACGCAAGUUCAUCAGCCUCUACACUCUGUGUAAAGAGCUGCUGUCCAAACAGGAUCAUUAUGACUGGGGUUUACGUGCUAUCAAAUCAGUCCUGGUAGUAGCGGGAUCCCUGAAGAGAGCGGAGCGUAGCAGACCUGAGGAACAGGUGCUGAUGCGAGCACUGAGGGACUUCAACUUGCCAAAAAUAGUGACCAGUGAUGUGCCCAUAUUCCUCGGCCUGAUCGGCGACCUGUUUCCUCAGCUCGACGUGCCGAGGAAGAGAGACCCCAGUCUAGAAAAUGCUGUCCGCCAGUCAGUCAGUGAGCUGCGCCUGCAGCCUGAAGAGAACUUUAUACUCAAGGUGACCCAGCUGGAGGAGCUCUUGGCUGUCAGACACUCUGUGUUUGUUGUAGGUGGACCAGGAACUGGGAAGAGUCAGAUCUUGAAGACCCUCCACAGGACAUAUGCAAAUCUGAAGAUGAAGCCAGUCUGGAAUGACAUCAACCCUAAAGCUGUUACCACAGAUGAGUUGUUUGGAUACUUGCACCCCGCCACCAGAGAGUGGAAAGAUGGUCUUUUCUCGUCUACCAUGAGGGAGCUGACUGCUUUAACCCACGACGGACCAAAGUGGAUUGUUCUGGAUGGAGAUAUUGACCCCAUGUGGAUCGAGUCUCUCAACACAGUCAUGGAUGACAACAAAGUUCUGACUCUUGCCAGUAAUGAAAGAAUCAGCUUGUCCUCAUCUAUGCGUCUGCUCUUCGAGAUCUCACAUCUGAGAGCUGCUACUCCAGCUACCGUUUCCAGGGCAGGGAUUCUCUACGUGAACCCACAAGACCUCGGCUGGAGCUCUUAUGUGACUAGUUGGAUAGACACCCGCCAGGCGCAGUCGGAGCGAGCCAAUCUCACCAUCUUGUUUGAUAAAUAUGUCCCCUACUGCUUGGAACACGUCCGAUGCAACUUGAAAACCAUCACACCCAUUCCAGAGAACAGCAUGGUGCAGACCCUGUGCUCCUUGUUGGACUGUCUUUUGACAGUGAAGAACACUCCAGCGGACUCUCCCCGAGAGCUUUACGAGAUCUACUUCGUGUUUGCCUGCGUUUGGGCUUUUGGAGGGGCUCUCUUUCAAGAUCAUCUCAGGGACUACCGUGCCGAAUUCAGCCGCUGGUGGUCAAAAGAGAUGAGAGCGGUGAAGUUUCCCUCACAGGGUACUGUCUUUGACUAUUUCAUUGACUCUGAAACUAAGAAGUUUACACCUUGGAGUGAAAAGAUGGUACCGCUUGAACUGGAGCCUGACGUCCCACUACAGACGUUGCUGGUCCACACUCCAGAAACCAUUUGUCUCACAUACUUUAUGGACUUGUUACUCCAAAGAGGCAAACCAAUAAUGUUGGUAGGCAAUGCAGGAGUGGGCAAAACCAUACUGGUGUCCGACAAGGUUGCCAGGCUGAAGGAGGAUUACAUGGUGGCAAAAGUUCCCUUCAACUACUACACUACAUCUGCCAUGCUGCAGCGUGUCCUGGAAAAGCCCUUAGAGAAGAAAGCUGGUCGAAAAUUUGCUCCUCCCACUGCUAAGAGGCUCAUCUACUUCAUAGAUGACCUUAACAUGCCCGAGGUAGAUGUUUACGGGACCGUCCAGCCACACACACUCAUACGCCAGCACCUUGACUACAGUCACUGGUAUGACAGACAAAAGCUGGUAUUGAAGGAAAUACAUAACUGCCAGUAUAUCACCUGUAUGAACCCAACGUCUGGAAGCUUCUCUAUCCACCCCAGACUGCAGAGGCAUUUUUCGGUGUUUGCAGUACAUUUCCCCAGUGCUGAGGCAUUAGCAACCAUCUUCUCCAGCAUCUUGUCGGCUCACUUCCUUCAAGGAGGGUUCAGUUACGGGGUCUCCCGCUCAGUAGGAACUCUCAUUCAGGCGGCAAUCUGUCUGCACCAAAAAGUCAGCCAGAACUUCCUUCCUACUGCCAUACGCUUCCACUACAUCUUCAACCUGCGAGACUUCUCCAACAUCUUUCAGGGUAUCAUGUUUGCCCUGCCAGAGAGCAUCCGUUACCCCAUGGACCUGGUUCACCUUUGGCUCCACGAAAGCUCCAGGGUCUACUCUGACAAACUGAUGGAGGAGAAGGAUGUGGAACUUUUCAAUAAAAUCCUAGUGGAUGCUGGUAAAAGAUAUUUUGAGGGAAUAGACGACUCCAUUUUUAUGCACCAACCAAUGGUCUACUGUCACUUUGCUCAGGGACUAGGAGAACCACGCUAUCACCAGAUUUCAGACUGGGAGAAGCUCCAGAAGACGCUGGCUGAUGCACUCGAGCAUUAUAAUGAGCUGCACGCCGUCAUGGACCUGGUACUGUUUGAAGAAGCCAUCCAGCAUAUCUGCCGGAUCAGUCGCAUCCUCGAAGCCCCUUAUGGAAAUGCCCUCCUGGUGGGAGUUGGGGGCAGUGGGAAGCAGAGUCUGUGCCGAUUGGCCGCUUUCCUCAGCUCUCUGGAAGUUUUCCAGAUCACACUCCGUAAAGGAUAUGAGAUCAAUGACCUCAAGAGUGAUAUAGCAACAUUGUAUAUAAAAGUGGGAGUGAAGAAUAUUGGGACAGUGUUCCUUCACACAGACGCCCAGAUUCCAGAUGAGCAAUUCCUGGUCCUCAUCAAUGACAUGCUGGCCUCAGGGGAUAUUCCUGACUUGUUUAGUGACGAAGAAGUGGAUAUGAUUGUAACCUCAAUCCGUAUGGAGCUGAGGGGAUUAGGACUCAUAGACAGCCGAGACAACUGCUGGAGCUUUUUCAUUGAGAGAAUAAGAAGACAACUUAAGGUGGUCUUAUGUUUCUCCCCCGUCGGGUUUACGCUGCGUACACGAGCACGGAAGUUUCCAGCUCUGGUUAAUUGCACCGCCAUAGACUGGUUUCACCCCUGGCCUCAGCUGGCUCUGCAGUCAGUCAGCUCCAACUUCAUAGAGAAGAUUCCUGGGUUGGAGCCCAAUGUGAGGGCAUCCAUCAGUGAUUUCAUCUCCUACGCUCAUACAAGUGUCAAUGAGGUGAGUGUCAAGUACCAGCAGAAUGAGAAGCACUUCAACUACACUACUCCCAAGAGUUUCCUUGAGUUCAUGAAGCUGUAUGACAACCUGCUGAGGAAAAAACGCACCGAGCUGACCCAGAAGAUGAACAGAUUAGAGAAUGGACUGCUGAAGCUCCAGAAUACUGCAUCCCAGGUGGAGGAUCUUAAAGCUAAGCUGGCACUGCAGGAGGAAGAGCUGUGGCAGAGAAACAUCGAUAUUGAAGCUCUCAUUGCUAAAAUAGGGCAACAGACGGAGAAGGUCAACCAAGAGAGAGCUGUAGCAGAUGCAGAGGAGCAGAAGGUGGCAGCGAUUCAAGCUAAGGUGACCAAACAGCAGCAGGAGACUGAGGAGGACUUGGACAAAGCUGAACCGGCCCUGCAGGCGGCCAACACAGCCCUCAAUACACUAAACAGGUUGAACCUGACAGAGCUGAGGACGUUUCCCAAUCCUCCAGCUAUCGUCACUAACGUCUCAGCAGCUGUUCUGGUGCUGCUGUCUCCCCAAGGCCGAAUCCCCAAAGACCGCAGCUGGAAGGCCUCCAAGAUGGUUAUGAGCAAGGUUGAUGACUUCCUGCAGGCUCUGGUAAACUUUGACAAGGAGCACAUCCCCGAGGCCACGGUAAGGUGCGUCAAAGAUGAUUACCUCAGUGACCCAGAGUUCAACCCUGAGUUUGUGCGACAGAAAUCUUCGGCCGCUGCGGGCCUGUGUGCCUGGGUGAUCAACAUCAUCCGCUUCCAUGAGGUAUUCUGCGAGGUGGAGAUGAAGAGGAUGUGUCUGUCUCAGGCUAACGCUGAUUUGGCCGAAGCUGCUGAGAAACUAGAGGUCAUCAGGGAAAAGCUCGCUGAGCUGGAUAGCAGUCUGGAAACUCUGACAACAGCUUUUGAAAAGGCCACCGCAGAGAAGCUUCGCUUUCAGGAAGAGGUCAACUGCACUAACAAGACAAUUGAACUAGCUAAUCGGCUGGUCAAGGGACUGGAGAGUGAGAAUGUGCGCUGGACCCACUCAGUGGCUGAGUAUCACGAACAAGAGGAAACCCUCUGUGGGGAUGUUCUCAUAACCGCAGCAUUCAUCUCCUAUGCUGGCUCCUUCUCCAAGAAGUACAGGAGAGAGCUUCUGGAAAACCUGUGGAUGCCGUUUCUGCACUGCCAAAAGGUGCCCAUUCCCAUGACGGGGGACUUGGAUCCAGUGUCAAUGCUGACUGAUAAUGCAACAGUUGCCCAGUGGAACAACGAAGGCUUACCAGGAGACAAAAUGUCCACUCAGAAUGCUACCAUCCUCACCAACUGUGAGCGCUGGCCUCUCCUCAUUGACCCUCAGCUGCAGGGCAUCAAGUGGAUCAAGAACCGCUACAGUGACAACCUCAAAGUUGUCAGUCUAGGACAGAGUGGAUACGUGGAUGUUAUUGAACAGGCUGUAGUGGCAGGUGACACUGUGCUCAUCGAGAACCUGGAGGAGACCACUGACCCUGUUAUUGACCCUUUGCUGGGGAGACACACAAUCAAGAAGGGCAGCUGUAUAAAGGUUGGGGACAAAGAGUGUUUCCUCCACCCAGCUUUCAGACUGAUUCUCCACACCAAGUUGGCCAACCCUCACUACAAACCAGAGAUCCAAGCCCAGACCACCCUCAUCAAUUUUACAGUGACCAGGGAUGGGCUGGAGGACCAGCUCCUGGCUCAAGUGGUCAAUCAGGAGAGACCAGACCUUGAGCACCUAAAAAGUGAACUUACAAAACAGCAGAACAUGUUUAAGAUUGAGCUCAAGCUUUUGGAGGACGAGCUGCUGACCAGGCUCUCUGCUGCAGAAAGUCAUUUCCUAGGCGACACCGUGCUGGUGGAGAAGCUUGAGACAACAAAGCACACCGCUGCUGAGAUUGAGAUUAAGGUUCUGGAAGCCAAAGCUAAUGAAGUCAAAAUCAAUGAAGCCAGAGAGCACUAUCGUGCCGUUGCUGUCAGAGCUUCUCUGCUCUACUUCAUCAUGAACGAUCUUAACAAGAUCAACCCCAUGUACCAGUUCAGCCUCAAGGCCUUCAAUAUUGUUUUCCACAAGGCGGUGGCGAUGGCAGAGGCCUGCGAGGACGUGAAGAACAGAGUAAACAUGCUCAUAGACUGCGUUACGUUCUCCACCUUCAACUACAUCAGCAGGGGGCUGUUUGAAAAAGACAAGCUCACCUUUAGUGCACAGCUAGCCUUCCAGCUGCUCCUGAUGGACAAGGAGAUCGACGUGCGAGAGCUAGACUUCCUGUUGCGUUUCAACAUUGACCACAGCUACGUCAGUCCCCUCGACUUUCUCUCCAACUCAGUAUGGAGCGCUGUCAAGGCAAUGAGCUUCAUCGAUGAGUUCAGAGGGCUGGACCGGGACAUUGAAGGCUCACCCAAGCGUUGGAAGAAACUGGUGGAGUCGGAGUGUCCAGAAAAGGAGAAGUUUCCACAAGAAUGGAAGGGGAAAAGUUCACUGCAGAAACUUGUCAUGAUAAGAGCCUUGAGACCGGACCGUAUGACCUAUGCUCUUAGGAACUUUGUGGAUGAGAAGCUUGGAGUGAAGUAUACCGAGGGAAGGAAAACUGAAUUUGCAAAGUCUUUUAAAGAAAGUGGUCCUGCGUCUCCUGUGUUUUUCAUUCUUUCACCCGGCGUGGACCCACUUAAAGAUGUCGAGUCACUUGGAAGGAAAUUGGGUUUCACCAUAGACCAUGGGAAGCUUCACAAUGUCUCAUUGGGUCAAGGACAAGAAACAGUUGCUGAGAUUGCCAUGGAAACGGCUGCCAAGGAAGGACACUGGGUUAUAUUGCAGAACAUCCAUCUGGUUGCUCGCUGGCUGGGUACGCUGGAGAAGCUCCUGGGGCGUUUCUGUGAGAGCAGUCAUCCAGACUACAGAGUGUUUAUGAGUGCUGAGCCAGCAUCUACGCCCCAAGAACAUAUUAUACCACAGGGCAUUCUGGAAAAUGCCAUCAAAAUCACCAAUGAACCACCUACAGGCAUGCUUGCCAACUUGCACGCUGCUCUGGAUCACUUUGACCAGGACAUACUGGACCAAUGCAGCCGUGAGCAGGAGUUCAAGACCAUCCUCUUCUCUCUGUGUUACUUUCAUGCGUGUGUGGCUGAGAGGAGGAAGUUUGGGCCUCAGGGCUGGAACAGAAAGUAUCCAUUCAACACCGGAGACCUUACUAUAUCAGUUAAUGUUCUAUACAACUACCUGGAGGCCAAUGCACAGGUGCCAUGGGAAGACCUGAGAUAUCUGUUUGGGGAGAUCAUGUAUGGAGGACACAUCACCGAUGACUGGGACCGACGGCUCUGCAGAACGUACCUGGAAGAAUACAUGCAGCCCAACCAGUUCGACCGAAAACUUGCGUUGGUACCUGGGUUUGUCAUCCCCUCCAAUCUAGAUUACCAGGGCUACCAUGACUUCAUAGAUGAGAUGCUGCCCCAUGAAAGCCCAGUGCAUUAUGGGCUGCACCCCAAUGCAGAAAUUGAGUUCCUGACUAUGACAUCAGAUAACCUUUUUCAUACUCUGCUGGAGCUGCAGUCUCCUGAUGCUGUAAUGGGGGAGGGCGCUUCACAGACGCUGGAUGAGAAGGUGAAAACGAUUUUAGAUGAAAUCCUGGAAAAGCUGCCAGAGGGGUACAAUAUGUCAGACAUUACUUCCAAAACCGCCGAGCGGUCGCCGUACAUCCUCGUCUGCUUCCAGGAAUGUGAGCGCAUGAACACACUCACUUGUGAGAUACGGCGCUCGCUGCGGGAGCUUGACCUCGGACUCAAGGGUGAACUGGCCAUGUCCUCUGAGAUGGAGAAGCUGCAGACAGCCUUGUUUUUCGACAAUGUCCCUGAUACUUGGACCAAGCUGGCCUACCCAUCCACCUACAGCCUGGCCAUUUGGUGUAAUGAUGUGAUGCAGCGCUGUAAAGCGCUGGACAGCUGGACUCAAGACUUGUCUCUGCCCAGUGUUGUCUGGUUAUCUGGACUGUUCAACCCACAGUCCUUCCUCACUGCUGUGAUGCAGUCUUUGGCUCGUAAGAAUGAGUGGCCUCUGGAUAAGGUCAAUCUUACAGUGGAUGUGACUAAGAAGUUUAAAGAGGAGUUCAACCAACCUGCCAGGGAGGGUGCAUAUGUGUAUGGACUUUACAUGGAAGGUGCAAGAUGGGACAUUCAGACUGGCGUGAUCAGCGAGGCUUGUCUAAAAGAGCUGACCCCAGCCAUGCCCGUAAUCUCAGUCCGAGCUGUGCCCAAUGAUCGACAGGAGACCAGAAACAUUUACGAAUGUCCACUUUAUAAGACCAAGAACAGAGGACCCACAUACGUUUGGACUCUCAGUCUUAAAACCAAGGAGCGGCCCGCCAAAUGGGUCCUGGCUGGAGUGGUGCUCCUGCUCAGUGUGUGA